UACACCAGAAGGAUUUGCAUCCAUAACAACAGCAAAUUCUUUUGGAGUCACAGGAAAUUCCAUAUAGAAAUAGGAUCACGUAAAACUUGUUUAAUCCAAUUAAUUUUAAAAGUAUUAUUAAGUAUUGGCGCAUGGCCCAGUGGGCAAAGCAUCAGACUAGUAACUCCAGGCGCAGAUCCAUGGUCUCUCAAGACCGACAGAUGCCACCACCACUAUUAAGACUGUCAAAAUCAAGAAAAUUUAGACCCCCCCACCCUUGCCAUAACUGUCCAGGACAGCAGAUUUUUUAGUAUAAUGAAAUUUGUUUUUCCAUAAAAAAUUAAACAACGUGGUGUCUUAUCAAUUUACAGAUUUUUUUAAAUCGACGUAUAAGGGGAGAGCUAUAUAAAUAAAAGCCUGGAAAGACCUUCUGCUUUACAAAGCAAAAUUCGGCCUUUCAAAGAUAAGUCCCUUUGAAGCCACUGGUUUAGUCUUUUUUGGUUUUGCCUAUAAGAGGUUGAAAAUUAUCCACACACCUUAUGUAUUUGUUUUUAACAAUAAUUAUCCCCAAAUAUGUGACUGUCUUUUACUGGAAUAUUAUUAAUUAUACAUUGAGUGCAGUCUUUAAGAGGAAACAAUUCACAUUUGUGAAUAUUUAAAUAGAGGUCUGAGGCUUUGGAAAAAACAGAAAUACAAUUUAAAGCCAAAGAAAUUUCAGAAACAUUUUAAAAAAGUCGUAUCAUCUGCAACCUGAUUAAUCAGAAAAUUAGAAUUUACACAGGAAAUGCCUUUCAGAGGACUAGGCUUGAUGGAGUAGGUGAGCAGCUGAGCACAUAAAAGGAACAGAUAAGGUGAGAUAGGACAACCUUGUCUCACCCCCCCCCCCCCCCCAUUCACAUCAAACCUCGGUGAAGUCCCCAACUUCAACUUUUUAGCAUUUGUGUACAAAGCCUGAACAGCUUUACAAAAUAAUGGACCAAAUCCGUAUUUACCAAGAGCAGAGACGAUAAACUGAUGCUCAAAAGCUUCGUAGAAAUCUAAAAACACUAUAAAACUAUCAUUUUGAAGAUGAGAAUAACCAGUAAGAUCUAAAACUAAUCUAACAUUAAUAGAUAAUGAAGACCCCUCAUGAAACCUGACAGUGUUUCAUCAAUAAUAAAUGUUAAAACUACUUUCAUUCUGUUAGCAAAGAUUUGGGCCAGAAUUUUAUAAUCACUAUUGAGAAGGAAAAACAGGAAGCCAAUUAUCGAUAAAUAAUUUAUCUUUUCUUGGUUUAGGAAUUAAAGUAAUAAGGCCCUGUGUUGAAGAAGUGGGAAAUCAAUAAACUAAAUCUAAAAACAAUUUUAGUAUAAGGGGAGCUGAAGUGUCAGAAAACGUCUUAUAAAAUUCUGCAGUCCACACCCUAUUGUUUUUUUUCAAAUUUGAAAUGGCAACCUUAGCCUCUCCCAAGGUAAUAGAGGUCAUUGGCCAGGUUCCUGAGGACAUUAAUAUCAUUCAUGAAAAGUAGAUGUCUCACAAUAUUAUGAGUUGCAGAAUUUUACCGUGAUGGGACCAGGCGACCAAACGCGCAUGCGUGAAGACCGCGGGCAGCACCGGAAAAUCGCGCAUGCGCUCAGUGGACAAACGGCUCGGCGAAUCGGCAGCAGGUUACAAGAGACUAAGAAUUUGUGACUGGGAAUCACAAGAAAACAACAACACAUCAGUUUGCCUGUCUCUGGAUAUUUCAGGGAUGAUCAGAUAUUUCCAUUGUGACAUCAAUAUAUCAAUUGUUGAUCCUUGAAGAUGAAGAAUUAUCUCAUCCCAGCUGGAAACAUGCUUUGUGUCUGAAAUUUUCUGUGUUAAUUCAGUGAAAUCUACUGGAACCAGGAUCUCAGAACACAACAGCAUUUGUUCAUUGGAGAUCAGUUCUUCAACUGCAUUGAUUGUACGAGGGAUUCACGAUGUCUGACAUUUCAUUCUCUCAGUGUGGAUCGGGAUUUUCUCAUUCAGCUGAACUGCAGACACAUUAGUGGCUUCACAGUGGGGAGAGGCAAUAGGGUAUGGAACAGUACGGGACUCUGUGUACAGGACAGGAUCUACUCAGUCAUCCAGCCUGAAGAUACAUCAGGAAACUGCCAGCAGCAAGAGGCUGUUCAGGUGUUCUGUGUGUGGGAACAGACUCACCCACACUCAGCCCACCCAUGGAAACACCAGUGAGUCAGGCAGUUCUCACUGGGGAGACACCGUUCAGUUGCUCAGACCGUGGGAAGAGGUUUACUCAGUCAUCUGAACUGAACGUACAUCAGCGAACUCACACCGGGAAGAAACUGUUCACUUGCUCAGACUGUGGGAAAGGAUUCAGUCAGUCAUCCAACCUACUGGCACACCAGUCAGUUCACACUGGGGAGUGGCCGUUCACCUGCUCAAGUUGUGGGAAGGGAUUCACUCAAUCAUCCAAGCUACAAGCACACCAGAGAAUUCACACAGGAGAGAGACCAUUCACUUGCUUAGAAUGUGGGAAGGGGUUCACUCGAUCAUCUGACCUACUGGCACACCAGCGAGUUCACACUGGGGAGAGGCCGUUCACCUGCUCAGACUGUGGGAAGGGAUUCACUCGAUCAUCUGACCUGCUGGCACACCAGCGAGUUCACACUGGGGAGAGACCAUUCACAUGCUCAGACUGUGGGAAGGGAUUCACUCAGUCAUGCAACUUACAGACACACCAGCGAGUUCACACGGGGGAGAGACCAUUCAUCUGCUCAGUUUGUGGGAAGGGAUUCACUCAGUCAUCCAAAUUACUAGCACACCAGCGAGUUCACACUGGGGAGAAGCCAUUCACCUGCUCAGACUGUGGGAAGGGAUUCACUCGAUCAUCUGACCUGCUGGCACACCAGCGAGUUCACACUGGGGAGAGACCAUUCACCUGCUCAGACUGUGGGAAGGGAUUCAAUCACUCAUCAAAUCUACAGAAACACCAGCGAGUUCACACUGGGGAGAGACCAUUUACUUGCUCAGACUGUGGGAAGGGAUUCACUCGGUCAUCAAACUUGCUGGCACACCAACAAGCUCACACUGGGGAGAGGCCAUUCACCUGUUCUGUGUGUGGGAAGGGAUUCACUAGGUCAUCUAACCUACAGACGCACCAGUCAGUUCACACUGGGGAGAAGCCAUUCACCUGCUUAAAUUGUGGGAAGGGAUUUACUCACUCAUCCAAACUGCGAGCACACCAGCGUGUUCACACAGGAGAGAGACCAUUCCACUGUUCUGUGUGUGGGAAGGGAUUCACUCGGUCAUCCCACCUUGUGGCUCACUACAAAGUUCACAUUGCCAAAAAGGUUUAAACAAGAUGCACGGGGGAUAUUUAACCUUUAUGAUGUAGAAUCCAGAGUUAAGUUCAAAAGUGACUUCUUUUUGAACUCUGUAAUUAAUGCUGAUCCAGUUCUGCAUGCUGGUCACUGGACAUGGGGGGAGUUUCUUCUGCUGAUAUUCACCUUUAAUGGAAUUGGAGUUUACUCUUCUGGAUCUGUGACAAAUAAAUCAGUUUUAUUUUA